UCCCCUCACUCUGUGGGAUUGAGGGGGUUGACCAAUUGCCAGCAGCUGUUGCUCAUUUCACAGUGGUACCGCCCAUACUGUGCCGGGGCUCUCAGUGCAGCCACUCCACUCUAGAUGAGGAACACAGAGCUCCUAACUUAGAGGAAUAUACCGCCAGUACAACUGUCAUGCAGGGAAAAGUACCACUACAGAACACUGAAGACUGGCUUUCGUUGUGUUGAGAGAAGCCCGGAGUGGAGCCCAGAGCCUCGUGCGCUAAUUAAAUCCCCACCUUCACUACUGUCACCCCUCCUUCCCUCCUUUGGCUGACGACAAAAAAAAAAAAAACACCAUCCUGUCCUGCGUGAGACAGCAUCCUUGCCCCGCUCUCUCCUCCCUCUCUGCCCAGCCUCCAUCUGCCUCCUCAUGUUCCUUCAGGGAGCGUGGAGGGCAGGGGGCACACACACAGCCUGCCGGCCAGGGUUGGUUUCUCCGUGACUGGCAUGGGGCUCCAAAGGAGGCUGUUGCUCGGCUUCCUGACUGUCAGCUCCCUGCUGUGCGUCUACGUCCUGUGUGUCAGCCUGGAGAUUAGAGUGCCCUGGCGCAUGGUGGAUCUGGUUCACUUCCAUGGCACCACCCUCACCCAGGACCCAAACAGCAAGUCACAAGACUUUGAGGAGCCUCUAGGCAGUAGCAGCGACCGGUGGACCCAUCCGCUCCCUGCCACGACCUUUCACCCAAAGCUGCUCUCUGGAACAGUUCUGCAUGAAAAUACAAGUGCCACGCAGGCUCCAACUUUAAAGAGCCAACCAUCUGCAGCCACUGGAGAGCAACCAGCCAAGAACAACACCCUGCCUCAGUUAGGAGACAUCACCGACUUUAGUUACAUGUCUGAUGGAACGGAUAAUGCCAGGAGCUCUACCAAAGGCCCUAAUCUGCAGCAUCAGCAGCCCACCCACACAGCCCGGACCACCGAGCCUCCCUUCAUCGGAGAUACUUACACCAGUGAAGACAUCCCACCACAAACAGACUGCCCAGCUGGUGUAAAGAGGAAAGUCCUAUCAACUGACUUUGGUGGGCGUUUUCUGAAGCAUAUUCCAGUCCUCCAAUGGGCCAAACACGCCACCACUGAGCAGUACGAGCGCUUGAGCCGCUACCCAGGGGCUCACGGCUGGGGAGGGAUUGACUACAAGACGCUGGCGGCAGCUCUGUCUGUCCUCAACUCUUCUGCUAACUGGCAGAUGUUUGACGACUGGAGCCAGCGGAGCAACAAAUCACAGUGCAUCCACUGCGCUGUGGUGGGGAAUGGUGGGAUACUGAAGGAUUCAAAGAAAGGGAGCGAGAUCGACAAACACGACUACGUGUUCAGGACCAACGGGGCAGUGAUUAAGGGCUUUGAGCCGGACGUGGGGUCACGGACCACCCAUUACACAUUCUCCACCAACACACUAAGGAACUCAAUGAGGAGCUACGCAGGCCAAGGAUAUCUAGGACCCCCUCUGUCUGAGGAGACACGGUAUGUCUUCUUGCCAGAUCAUGAUCGUGACUACCUGCUGAUGAAAGCUGCCGCUACCCACACUCCUGUCGAACGAGGCCCCGAGCACAGCGACUCUCCACCCAACUACUUUGGAGAAAAUGUCUCAGCAGAAAAGUUGAAGAUGUACCAUCCCGAUUUCAUCCGUUACCUCAGAAACAGAUUCCUCCGAUCCCAAGCUCUGAAAACCAAAUAUAAGGACAUAUACCGUCCAUCAACGGGGGCUGUGAUGCUGCUGGCUGCUCUGCACACCUGUGACCAGGUGAGCGCGUAUGGCUUCAUGACCCCGGACUACAGUAACUAUUCUGACCACUACUACGACAGCAUCUACCACCCGGUGGGCUUCUUCAUCAACCACGACCUGCGCAUGGAGAUGAAUCUGUGGCAGCAGCUGCACCAGGCCGGCCUCAUCCGACUCUACAUGCGGCAGCAAAUUUGAGUCAGGCAGAAAUGAGCUCGUCGUCCCGUCUGCACACAAGUUACACAAGCGUAAGCUCUAAGCUGAGAGUGCUGGGGGCCUGAGGAAACCAACGCAAAUGACAGGAAAUGACAGCGUAGGCGGGCCUGCUUUCUCUCACAAUGACUGUUAAUAACUCACUAACUUCCUGUUGAGCAAACCGAAAUCUGCAGAUGCUUUUCUUUUACAGUUCCUGAACAAAGAUAUUUUUUACUGACAGCUGCUAUGAUUGUUCAGGAUAUAGAUUUAGACUUAUUUAUCAAAUAAUUGUUUGUCUUUUUUUUUUUUUUUUUUUUACUUCUUUUAUUAUAAGUUAGAGGAUGUAAUACAGCUAGACUGGUUGUAUAAAAGUUGAGUUUCUUGUUACUGUGCAACACACUAUGUGGACAAGUGACUGCAACAGAGCUGGCCACUUAAAAUAUCCUGUCUCUCUGCUCAAAAUAGUUGGUCAGAGCACUGCUGGCAGUAGUCAUGUUCUAUUCUGAUAUUGACUUAGAUUAUGUCCUCUCCCUCCGUCUGUGUGUUUGUUUGUCUUGGUUGUCUGUGUAUUUAAUGUGGAAGGUGAACAAAACUGAGUGUAACCGGAGCUCAGUGGGAAAAGUGUUUGAAAACGAAACUGUAUUUAGUUUCAGGAACUUAACUUAUUUUUUUCUUUUGUUUGUCCUUACAUCACAACUUUUUUUUUCUUUGUAAGUGUGUAAGUGUGUUUUUCCCCCAUGUGGUGCCAUAUUAUGAUAAUAAGAAUAUAAUAUGUGCUCCAUUGGACUUUCAGUGCCUUUUUAAUGUGAAUCCCUUGUCUGAAAAAUGCGUCGUGGCCGAGGUAACAGAGGGAAACAUUUGAAGUGAUGGGAGAUGUUUCCUCAACUGCACAAAAGGAGAAGACGUCACCAGUGGCUGUUUCUCUCUGUUUGGAUAGUGUCGGUCUCCAAGGACGCCUCCUGCAACAUCUGCCUGUCCAGCCAGCAUACCUGAAGGGUCAGAGUUUAUCACCCAUCCGUUGAUUCCUAAUGCCUUUCAUUUCAACCACAGAUAUACUGUUCAUGCAUAUAGUAGCAUAACAAUAACGAACUGUUGAAUUGGGAUGUAAGAUCUGACAAAGAUGUAACCAAAGACACCAUGCACAUCAGGGAAUUGAUUGUAUGUUUAUUUACAAUAACUGCUGAAGUGUCAGAUCAAUAUGUGCAAACUGAAUUGUUAAGUCAAGUGAAACAUUGGGUUGUAUUUUUGCAAGGAGAAGUGAGGCGGGGAGACCUUUGCUGUGCAAUUUCUGACUCUUGAUUUUGACCUUUUAAAAUCUGUAUAAAAAUAAACUGUGAUUUUUCUCAG